AUGACCCAUCGCUUUCCAUACGACGAGAAGGAGCACGCUGCUUCCAAAAAAACCAUCCACGAUGCGUUGACAGUGAUGCACCAAAAUGACAUCCCUUUCCAGUGGGUUGAAGAAGACGGCAGCUCUUUACUUGGAUGCUACGCAUCGCUGAGCUACAACCCGGCCUUCGUCGGCCAAUUCUUCGAAAUGGCGAAGACACUGUAUGCGCCCGGCACCGUCAAGCCUCGCAAUAGAGAGCUGGCUAUCCUUGGCCUCUCCUCGGUGCUGGAUGUGCCCUAUGUCGACUACUGCCAUCGCAAGAUCGGCUCGAAAUGCGGCCUUUCUCCUGAGCAGUUUGAGGACGCCUUGGCCGGAAAAGUCCCCGCGGAUCUGUCCGCCGAAGAGGCCAUGGCGUAUCGCCUCGGUCGCAUUUUAACCGACCUUAAGACGCCACUCGAUGAUGCUACAUGGAAAGAAGCUGUGUCCGUUAUGGGAAAGUCUGAACUUGUUGGCAUUGCACACACGGUUGCUGGUUAUAGAUGGGUUUCGCUGCUGGAUCAGAUCAAUGGCGACACCAAGCGAUGGAUCAACAAGGACGAAUAG